AUGACUACCACGCUGGAAAGGAGCCUCUCGCGGGCAUCCAGCGUGUCCAUACCCGUCUCCAGCCCCCAGCUCUAUGUCCACCGCGAAAUCUCACCCCCUGCCGAGUCAGAUCCGGCUCUUUGGCACAUCCAUGACCGCAUCAACCAGCUCGACUCGCGUAUUAGCGAACUCCGUUCCACCGUCUUGACCAAGGAUGGCUAUGUCGACCGUCGCAACCGUGAGGAUGAGUACAUUCGCCGCGAAUUCGAGGCUCAUCGGGCCAUCGCCGGCCGUAUCGAUGUGAACGUGUCUCUGUUGCGGACCGAUGUCGAUCAACUGAAGCUGGCGCUCACUCAGUUGAAGUCCAACGUCGGUCAGCUGGGCACGGAUGCCAUGUUCAUCCGCAGCGACGUCGACCGUCUCCAGAAGAGUGUCCAGCAAGUUCAGGCCGAUUUGGAGGCGCUCCAGUCUGAUGUUUGUAGCUGUCAUGUCGAGAUCAGCAAGCUGCACGCAUCUGUCAGCCAGAUCCGCACCGACUUGUUGACUCUGCAGCAUGACACCUCGCGUCAUCUAAACAGUGUCUCGAACCGCUUCUCGUUGAUGGAAGCACGCAUGACCCAAAUGGACCGGGUUCGAUUCAACUCGCUGGCAUAUACGAUACAUGCGCCCAUUACUCCGGUUCCCAAGAUCGAGGACGACGGUACCCUUCGCUAUCCUGACUAUUUUCCAUCGACCGUCUGGCGCUUCUGGUGUCUCAAAAAGAGAAGUCGAAUCCACCGACUGGUUGAGCUCGCGGAAUUUUACGAGCUGGGCGGUUAUCAGCAUUGGGGUCGAAUGCAUUAUGAUGGCUUGCCCCCAGACGAUAGUGACUCGAGCGACUCGAGCGAGCGUCCGUCGAAUCUGACCCGCGCUGAAGCGGCUCGCCAAUAUCCGGAAGCAUGCCAUCAGGCCCUGGCUGCCACUCUGGGUCUUGUGUACUACAAGAUUCGCAAAGAAGUCGGCGAAGGACCGAAUUCUCGGAUACAACGACCUCCUAAACGUCUUCCCGAAGAGAUGGCGUCCACUUCUUCGAACUCGAAGCAGAAGCCUGCAAAAGUGGCGCGGCGCCCCGGCAAUGUCUCUCCAACGAUGCUCCAUAAACUUGUUACUGGUGCACCAUCCGUUGCGUCGAAAUCAGUAGUGUCAGAGGAGCAGGAUCGGCUUGGCUGGCGCGUCAGCUCGUCUGAGAUUUCGGACGAGACGAUGAGCAAGUUGAAGGGCAUUCUUUCGGAUGAAGUGAAUGCGCUCCUUCGUGCGGUCGAGCGUGGAAAGUUCCACUUCAAGCCCAGCAAAUCCGAGCAGUUGAACAUGUCACCAACGGAGUCGAAGCGCGAUGCGCUGAAGGCGGAAAGCCCGGAAGAGGCUGCGCCAGAGGACGAAGUUCGCACAGUCUCUACGGAGCUGAUCUCACCUAUCCUGGUUAAGGAUGAGGUGGCCAAGGACGAAGCCUCGGCUAAGGACGAGGUUCACUUGCCAGAUACGAGCAGCUCUGUGACAUGA